CUUCCUAGAGCCAAAGAGUCAAGACCAAGGCGUGCUUUGUGCUCGGAACAGAGAGAAUACUAACUCUUCUUCACAAAGAGAGCAACAGUGAAAUAACCGAUAGAUUCCCGACUACCGGCGACUUCGCCCCUUCUCUAUGGUGCUUCACUCCUCCGUCUGGAACUACUUAAGGCAACGGAAGUUUCGAGGAUAACGCCAUUUUUGGUUUUGCCUUCGCAUUCGCUCGCCGAUUAAGAUCUCUGUUUUCCCCGCUGCUCUGGAGAUUUUCUCGUCUGGAUUUCGGUGUUUAGAGUGCUUUAAUUGCCUCACUGUAUCCUAGUUUACGAUCAGAAUUGGAAGUUAGUAUGGUGGAGAUGGAGUGGCCUGGGAGUCUUGAUGAAUACUCGAAGCUUAUCAAUCGGAUCAACAUUCCCAGGGUGGUGAUCGACAAUGCCGUUUGCGAAACCGCGACUCUGGUCAAGGUCGACAGUGCUAGAAGGCAUGGAAUCCUCCUGGAAGCUGUACAAGUGUUAACCGACUUGAACCUUUCAAUUCAGAAAGCUUACAUUUCUUCAGAUGGAAUAUGGUUCAUGGAUGUUUUUCAUGUGACUGAUCUUGAUGGAAAUAAAUUAAUCGACGAGGGCGUUAUUAGCUACCUUGAGAAGUCACUUGCAACGAUUCACUGUGGCAAACCUGCCGCCUCAAAUGACUUGACGGCCUUGGAGCUAACCGGGACAGACCGUGUUGGUCUUCUCUCCGAGGUGUUUGCAGUCUUGGCUGAGCUUGAAUGUGAUGUUGUUGAAGCCAAAGUGUGGACCCACAAUGGCCGAAUAGCUUCAUUAAUAUAUGUGAAGGACUGUAAUUCUGGUUCUCCUAUCAAAGACUCCCAGAAAAUAGACACUAUUGUUGGACGUUUGAGGAAUGUUCUAAAAGGGCAAGAUGACAUUCUAUAUGCCAAGACUUCAGUCUCUAUGACAGUCACCCAUACUGAAAGAAGGUUGCACCAAAUGAUGUUUGCUGAUCGCGACUAUGAAAGGAAGCCUGUCUUACAGCAUAGUGAUGAUUCUCCUGUGGUAACAGUUCAGAAUUGGGUGGAAAGAGGUUACUCCGUUGUGAAUGUCCAGUGUAAAGAUCGAAUGAAGCUAUUGUUCGACGUCGUUUGCACGUUGACAGACAUGGAUUAUGUAGUUUUUCAUGGCACCAUCACUACAGCAAAGGAUAGAGCAUAUCUGGAACUUUACAUCCGACACACUGAUGGUACCCCAAUUAGUUCCGAGGCUGAAAGGCAGCGUGUUAUCCAAUGCUUACAAGCUUCCGUAGAGAGAAGAACAUCACAGGGUGUGAGAUUGGAGUUACGCACAACCGACAGGCCAUGUCUCUUAGCAGAUGUGACGAGAACGUUCAGAGAGAAUGGCUUAAACGUCACAAGAGCAGAGGUAUCCACCUCAGCGGAUGUAGCUCUAAACCUCUUCUACGUAACCGAUGCACUGGGGAAUGCAGCAGAUGUGAAAACCAUCAACUCCGUCCGGGAGAAAAUUGGGUUGAGUUGCUUGAAAGUGAAGGAACUGCCAUUGAUUUCGCAACAAAAGACAGAAGGGGAAGAGCAGGGUGUGGGUGUUGGUGGGACCGUUUUGUUCUCUCUUGGGAGCAUAUUGAGAAGGAACCUCUACAACUUGGGAUUGAUCAGGUCAUACUCGCAGGCAUAGAGAGCAUCAAAAGGAAAAGGAAAGAAAAAAAAAAAAAAACCAAUUGAGUUAUUCAAGAUUUGUCCAUAUGUCUGCUUUUCUUUGCUUUGGUAUAUUCUUUGCUUGAACUAUGAGCAUCAUAUAGUGUACAGAAAAGAAUCAAAAUUUGAAAGAAAGAAAGAAAAAGGGUGGGUACUUUGUUGAUCGUAGUCUAGUAGUUGGUAUAAGUUGGUUUGGUGGGUGGAAUUAUUUGAUACACUUAAGUGGGGAAGAGAACAUGUUGAAAAGGUGAUGGGUAAAAGAGUAGUGUUUAUUAUAGGUCUGCUGCUUAGCUGCUGGAAGACAUGUUAGGUGAGGAAGGUAGGAGAAGAAGAUAGGAUUCACAGCUUAACACAUUGUACAUAACAAACACCCUUUUUCAAGUACUUGAAAUUUAUGUUGACUUUUUUUUUUUU